AUGGAAGAAAGGGAAGAAAGUGUUUCAUUUAGAGAAAGAAAAAGUAUUUCACAUUUAGAGCUUGAGCUGAUUUUAAAGCAAAAAAUGAAAGAACUUCAAACACUUCAAGCAGAGCUUCAAAGAUCUGAACAAUGCUCAUCGCCUGAAGUCGUCAUAAAAAAGUAAUUUCCAAGAAGUAUAAUAGAAAAUAUCUCAUUUAAGAUGGAUUCCGAUCCUUUAAUAUCCAAAAAGCACAAGUCAGGUGGCAAAUGCGAAUGCAGAGUAUUUUAA